GUCACCGUCAUUGUAAACAUGGAUAUGCGUGUGACUAUAUUUGUUACCGUGGUUUCCGGUUUACUGUCCUCCGUGAUUUGCCAGACCACGCCCCCAAUGACGUAUGUUACCGGAUCGAAUGUGUGCGUUGUUAAUGUGACGUUCCUGCAAACACGGCUGGUGACGUUCAGACAAAGAAUGGUGUACUAUGUUAAGUGUAGCUGGAACAAACGAUGUGCAAGGUAUAGAACUCAGCUGAAAUCGAAGACUGUUAUCAGCGAUUCCUGGAGGUUCGAACCAAGAUGUUGUGAGGGGUUUAUUCAAUCUGAAGACAGAUGUCAGAAAACAGUUGCAGAUAAGAUUAAAAAAGGCGACACAGGAACUGACGUCAUUGACCACUCAAUAUGGCCGCCAAUCAUCGGAUCUGUUCUGGCUGUUGUCGCAAUAUCUGUAGCUGUCAUUAUCAUUGUGUUUCUACACAAAGCAGCUUCAAAAAAGAAAGGUGAGUUUGGCGGCGGCAUCCACACUGGUAAGCGACAUGCCAUAAACAACCAAACGUACGCGGACGCCUUACCGUCUGUUAGUCACUCUUAUGAUACAGUGGAUAGUAGGAGGCAUCACUCGUACGAAAUGUUGGAUAGCAGUCGAGUUGGGAUGACUCAGAACAUUUACGAUAGUAUUAACACAUACAAGAUCCUACAGAGUGGUUCGAUAAAAUGAAAAUCCGAUCUACCCACUAUGGUGAUUUCAAGCGUCCUAGAUUGCGAUAUAUUCCAGUUUUCGUGAAGAGAAGUAGUCUUCUGUUAUUUCAAGCAGACCGCUGCUCAAAAUGACUUUUUCUGUUGGAAAAUAGUUCUGUUGGAAUUAUCUUCAUGUUGCAACACACGACACCAAAUUAUUUCUUUAUCACUUUACGAUUUUCCUCUAUAUAAUAAAAAAACUUUAUUUAUUUUACAACAAUCGCGGAGCAAGUUUUUCCAAUUUAUAUUAAUAAAAUUAUUAUUAAUAUAACAUAUUAAUAAUCAGUCUUGUUGGCCCGGAUGGAAAGGUCUUACUGUGGGAGAAAUCUGGAGUACUCGGGGAAAACCCGCGUGGUCAGACAGGUGACCCCAUACCUUUUCACAUCCAUUCUGGAAAUCAAACUGUGGACGGCUAGGUGAAAGACGAUUGUAUUGCCAUGCGGGACCCGAACAUCCUAUUCUCUAUAUUUUCCUAUAGUGAAUAAAGUCUGAAAUUCCAGAUGUUUGCCCCAGAACAAAUAGAACAUGUUGACAGAUUACGUCGCUAUCAAUUUCUGUUCGAUACUUCCUGGUCGUUACUAGACACGUUCAGUCAUUAAGCCAUAGGUUCACAACAAAUAAAUGACGAGAAUAUUAUACAUACCGUUUAGCCGCUUUUUUUUGCGGGGAUAAUAUUUUGACUAUAUCAUGUUACAAUAAAAUGAUCGCAAAAAAUUUAGUCCCUGAAAUAAGGAAACACGUGUGUAUGAGAUGUCCUUUUACAUCCAGAAUGCGAAUUUUUAAUUCGUUAAAAUAUAAAUCAAUCGUUUUAGAGGAAACUUGCGAAAAUUUUGACCCGUGAAAAUUAUUAAUUGUUCGGUAUGCAAUAUAUAGCAUGAAGAAAUUGACAUUAUCAUCUUAUUUCAGUAUCUAUGGGCGGAUUUACAGAGAUGUUCAAAGUUUCGCAUGUAAUGUCCCAGUGGUUGACGUCUGUAGAUAGCGACAGUUCAAAAAAAAAGAGCAAACUCAUCAACAGUCAUAUUUACAAUUGCGCUUACCUAUCCAAUAUUAUUUAAACUAUCACAAAACCUUUUGUAAUUACCUUUGUUGUAUAACCAAACUUGUCGUGGAAAGUUUGAAUUAAAUGUAUUAUGAUUAAAACAUCUAAAAUGUGUAAAUAGGACCGUGAUAUCUUGUAUCUGCUGGUAAACAGA